GUGAUCAUGCUAGUACUCGGAUUGAUUACUCGGGCUGCGUCUUCAACACCUUUCAACAACACUAUAGCUCAAUGCACGAGACGAAGCCAACGGGGAAGUUCCAAGAUCACCCCGUAUUACCCCAGAGCUUUAACCUCGGCAGUAACGGGCGAAUCCAAGAACUGCAUCCUGCUUCCGAAAAUUCUGCAUUCACUGAUGCAAGGAUACAGCACUCUGACGACUCCAGGCUUCCUCCGUGUCGCUGACCACCGAACAUGAUCCCGAGGGAGUAUAAACGAUGAACAGGAGGACUAGCCAACCUCCGACGCUUUUCCGUUCGUGACCGGAAGCCGUCACCUGGGCAGCACCACAUCCGACAACGAUGUAUGCUUU